AUGUUGAGAGUGGCAAUUCUGCGAAGCCCCGUAUUAAAAUUGGCAAAUAGCCGAUUUUCUCGCCACCGCCGCGGCAACCGCAAGCCUCCUCCUAAUCCUCCAGCGCCGAUAACGGGGGCGGGGGAGGUUACUAUUGACGAGGCGGAGCUUCCGCCGUCGGCCGUUGUCUACAGGCUGGAAUGCAUCCCAUCCUCACGCCCCGCUCCACCAAAACCUAACCCUCCAGAGCCUCAACCCCAACCCCAUGGCGCGACGCACCCCUCCUCCACCUCCUCCUCUCGCCGCCGUCGCGGACGACGCGGCCGCAAGGGGCCAGCACCAGCGCCAGCGCCUGCGGCGGAGGAGGCGAGGGACUGGGCGGGGCUCCUGCUGGACGCGCUCUGCGCCAUCCUCCACAAGCUCGACCACGUCGAGAUCCUGACCGGCGCGGGGCAGGUGUGCCGCUCCUGGCGCCGCGCCGCGCGCGACGUGCCCGCGCUCUGGCGCCGCAUCGACAUGCGCGGCCACGCGGACAUCCACGAGCUCUACCUCUGCGGGAUGGCUCAGGUCGCCGUCCGCCGCAGCGCGGGGCAGUGCGAGGCGUUCUGGGGCGAGUACGCCGCGCACGAAGGCCUGAUCCUCUUCCUCGGCGACCAAGCUCCAUCUCUGAAGAGUCUUUGCCUCAUCUCUUGCCACCGUGUCUACAUUGAAGAAUUGGUGGAGGCAAUGAACAAGUUCCCUCUACUAGAGGAGCUCGAGCUCUCAUUGUGUUCAAAUAUAGGUGGGAAGCAUAUGUUUCAGGUCAGCAAAGCAUGCCCGCAGCUAAGGCACUUCAGAAAGAGUGAGCUUCGGUUCUACAAUCUCCAAGACAACAGUGAUGGCGAAGACGCAGAUAGUGAGUUUAGGUACAACAAGAACGAUGUCGCCAAAGGAAUCGCAACCAUGCUCCAGCUACGCUCCCUACAGCUCUUUGCCAGCAACCUCACCAAGGAAGGGCUGGUGGCGAUCCUCGACAACUGCGUCCACCUCGAGUCCCUUGACAUUCGCCACUGCUUUAACAUCGUCAUGGACGACGCCCUGCGAGCAAAGUGCUCCAGGAUCAAGACGCUGAGGCUUCCCCACGACUCGACAGAUGACUACGACAUUGAGGCUUUGAGCCCUCUCUGGUCAGGUCUUGGUAUGGGCAUUAGCUCUGACAGUGAUGGAGAUUGCUUCUAUGGUGGGCCUGACUACAUUCUGGACUCAGAUGAGUACGACGAUUACUGUGAUCCUGAGCGCUACCUUGACGGCGUCUACAUCGGAUGACGUGUUACUCUCAUGGAUCUGCUCGAUUCGGGCUACUGAAUGCUGGGGCCCCUCUCGACUUUCGUCAACAUCGGCAGACGUGUUACUCUAAUGGAUCUCUGCUCGAUUCGGGGUACUGAAUGUUGGGGUCUCUCUCAACUUUUGCUGGAAGAUUUGAGUACCGACCACUGUAGUUUAUCUUCUGUUAGUUGUGCGCAUCGACAUCUAGUAUGUCAACUGAGUCGUGACUGUGUUAAAAGUGUAAUGUUUAGAUCGUGUUCCAGGGUAUGCAGACAGUGGGAACAAGAUGAUGCCAACUACUGAGCUUGGUUCUGACACUUGGCUCUCAUUUGUCAACGUUUUUGGUAAU